GAGGACGAAACAUGCAUUGAAAUCAAACAUAAAUGCGUGUGAAAGUGGCCCAGCGUGCAGCGCAGACACGGGCCACGCUGUGUGAGCGGAUCCCGGCUGUCAGCCCGCAGCAUCGACAGACAUUUGCACUGCUGCUUAGCUCCAAGAACAACUUUCUGACUCGGUUUUCUGUGAUGACAGCCCUCUCAGUCGCUGUAAGAUUGCCACGUAACACAUCUACGCAUAAACUAAACCAAGUCGGGAGUGUUGCACAAUAUUGUAACCACUGAGAUCGAUAGACUGUUGCAAAUCUGCAACACAACUUGAUGUUCCCAUAAAUAACGUUGCACAUAAAAAACUUUUUUCUUUAAUGAUCAAACCACGGGCCUCUGUGGACGAGUGAUUUGAAAUAUCGAUUUCAUCAUGGGGAGCAGCCAGAUGGAAAGGGGACAAUAGUCCCCACGUCGCUUUAAUAAAGUCACAAUUGGUUGGCCAGGCUACCCGAUAGAGUUGAUGAUCUCGUGGAAUAAAAGCAAAAGCGAAGCCAUCGAGCGCAGAAAACUUUCGAUCACGGGAGGAAGUAGUGUGAAGAAUAGAUCAGACAGCCAUGUCAGUUUCCACCACAACAGCAUUCGGCAUCCUGUGCACCAGCAGUCCGUCCUCUGUGCCGGGCCAGCACCCCCGCGUGAUCCACAAGUAAAACCCAUUCACCGUGUGUACAGGACUUACCUCAAACAUCAGCCCGAGAAGGAACACCAUAGCAACACAGGAAACAAUAUCUGCAUGGUUCUGGAUGACAAACUCAUGGCUCAGCAUUGGCGGACUCUUGGUGGUCUUUUUUCGGAUCCCCAUGUCGACACGAUUCGACCCAACUUUUGCUUCACGCGGCGUAGAUGUAGUCUGUUUCUAUCAGAUAUUAUUAUUAUUAUUAUCCUUCUGUGCGAGAAUCCUCAAAGCUCCCCUGGUUCAUACGAGCAAAGGGCCAGGCAAAAAUUGAAUGGCGUGUCACUCUUCUGCUAGUGGGAGGGGCCUGGGAGGGGCCUAGUGAGAGAGCCGCUGCGCCUGCGCCUCACCAACAAGAAUCUUUACAUAGCGCCACCUCGAGGGUUGGGGUAUAAGAGCAUACUAAUGACUUAACCUUAAAGCUUAAGUUACUGUAUUUUGCUGGUUCAAGCUACAAUUUUUCUGUCUAAAAAAGGUCCUGUAGAAUGCGGCCCACUUUUGACAUACAUUAGUGUAUGUUAGAGGGCGGUUAGCUCUGUCACCUCGCAGCAAGAAGACUCAUAGACUGUAUAAAGCCCCAUACAACCCUGCAAAGGAUAAGUGGGGAUGGAUGAAGUAUAUUAUAUUCAUGUUGGGGGAAUACACUAUUGACUGUAUAUAAAGGAAUACACUCACAUAUCUGUCUAUUUUAGGAGAUAACUAGUGUUAAAAUGGAGCUACAUUGCAACAGCUGGUUAGCUUAGCUUAGCAUAAAUACUAGAAACGAGGAAACAGAUACUCAGCCUGGCUCAGUCCAAAGUGUUGACACUGAGGUGGAGCUUGUCAAAAGUUUCAAGGAAAGAGAAAGAGCUCUGGAGCAGUAGUGUUUGCCUCUGUGACUGUACACAGCUGUCUGCCAUGGGCAGAAUAUAGCCUACUGAUUGACCACAAUGGCACCUGAAUUGCUGGAGUCCAACACAAAACUGUCCAUCUCAGCUUUUCUUUGGAACCUUCAAAAAGCAACCACAUAUCUACCUUCAUCACAAAGUGAAACCUUCGCUUGAGCCUUUCAACUGAUGGCAAAAUGUCAGACAUUCAAUACACUAAACUGCGAUGGUUAUUAACCAUUGCUGGACUGUUCUUGUAUGUGGUGGACAUUCUGACAGACAUCGGUCUGGCACUGAAAUAUUUUCAAGAGAAACAUUUUGUGUGGACUGGAUUGACUCUAAUGUUUGUUCUGGUUGGGCUGCUGGUGACUCAGAUCUUCAGCCAUGCCUGGUACAGGGACGACAUGAAUGAUGUUCUGAUAAACCCUGAGGGGAAAACAACCAUACAAGGCAUGUCCAAAGGUGGACUUGCUGCCCUGCACCUAUUUGGCUUGGGCAUCUUCACCAGGUAUUAUCACCUGCUGAAACAAGGGUUCAAAGUGGUUUGGACAACAACAAACCCCUAUAUAGUUGAAGAGAGAAGAGAUGUGCACCACAAUCUGUUUUGCCUGGCGACUGAUCUGAGCAUGCUCAAACUGUUUGAGGCUUUCCUGGAGAGUGUUCCCCAACUUCUUCUACAACUAUACAUACUGCUGGGCCAUGAUGAGUGCUCAUUCAUUCAGUAUUUAUCUAUGGCAUUCUCCCUCUUCAACAUUGCCUGGGCCCUGGUGAACUAUCGCCGUUGCCUGCGCAGGUCCCUCCCCGACAUCAAGGAGAUGCCCUCUGGCCUCCCCACAGCAAUCUACCUCUUCUACAAACUCUGUACCAUGACCAGCCGCAUCCUCAGCUACACCCUCCUCCUCAUACUGAGCAGCUACAGCACAGUUGCCCUCACCAUCCUCUGGCUGCUGUGGACAACCUGGGCACACUUGCUUCAAACUAACUUCUGCUCAUCCAGAAGCCUUGAGCUUCUGUACAGAGCAGUCACCGGAGUUAUCCUCAUAUUCACCUUUUUCAACAUCAAAGGACAGGACACCAGAGCAGCCAUGAUCAUCUACUACUUGUUCUAUUGCGUUAUAAACAUUACUGCUCCUUUACUGCUGGCCUUUCUAAAGCCAGAGUUGCAGAAAACCACGUUUUUUCGAACAAUCACUGGUUUAAUCUUUGGAGGUUCAGUGCUGGGGCUGGUGUGCCUCGUGCUGUACUACCUCCUCCUGCAUCCCAGAGAGAUGUGGCGUCAGGCAGAUGAGGUGGAUGGCAUGGGAAAUGAACCCAGGACCACAAGCAGAAUAAGGAAGUUUUUGCAGCCUUGAUGAAGGUUUGUUAAAAAAAAUAGAAAUAAUAUUUUUCCCAGCCUGGUUAUGGGAAUGUAGAGAAAAACGAUUCUGAAUCUGCAGCUACCUAACAAUUUUAAGAGGAAAGGGUAAAAAGAGCCUAUACAAGGUGAUGUCAUCUUAAUAUUGUGCUCAUUAUUCAUUAGGCUACAUACGAGUACUGCUAUCAAUUAAUUUACCAUAUUCUGAGGUGAAGUUCGCUUUUUCAUUACUGAUACAAAUGACUAGCUAAGCAAAUAAGUGCAAAAUAGUUGAAUGUAGCAAUCAAAAUCUUUAUUUAUUCUUGUUUUAACAAACUUGUUAUGAAUGAUAUAUUUAUUCUUAUCAUAUCUAUAAAAAGUAAUUUAUUUGCUGAUCCUAAUGGACAGCUGGCAUAUUCUCCUUAGAUUGCCUGAAUAUAUUUUAUAUCAUUGUGACCAACACUGUCUGUUAAUAAUGCAUUGUAAAUAAUCCAAUCUAGAAAUUCUAUUAUGGUCAAAAUAAUUUCUCUACUUUUUAUGUUAGAUAUACACAUUUAUGUGACAGACAAAGACACAAUGAUAAGCACAACUGUUAUAUGGUAUACUUGCAAGCAGUUUUCUGAUUAAGAUUUUUUCCACACCUUGUUGUCAGACCCUAGAAGUCGGGUAUUUACAGUCCAGUAAUAUCAUCUGGUAUGCCUCAGCUGAAUACUAUCUGGUGUUUGUGGACAGAUGUUUUCUUUAAGCCUGUAACACACAUGUUAAACACAAGGUGGUGUUAUUGUCUAGGUUGAUUUUUCUAGGUGAGGUCUUACUGUACACUACUGGACCUACAUUAGCAACACUCAUCGAGUUAUCCUUUUAGUCAAUAUUUCAAGAUCAAGACAAACCUUUUCCAAUUACUCUAAUGUCUUCUCCCUUAAUAUUUCCAGCGCCCAGUUGGAUGUAAUCUCACAAUACGUAAGUGCUUGUUAAUCUUUAAAUUCUGAACUGUAUGAUUUAAGUAAUUCCUUAAUUAGAUUAUCCUUUCCUUUUGUUUGAAGAAGAGAUGCGUGUUAUUUGCCAGAGCAUCUUAUCUUCUUGUUCUUUUUCAGCCUCUUUUCACCAAUCCCCUCCCCCAGAAUGUCUCUUUAGUUUAAUUAAACAUGAGAACCAAAUGCCUAAUUGAUCACCACUGAUAAAUUAAAAUGCAAGAUCAGGUACAGUUUAACAAGACCUAGUAGGAAGAAAGGCUCUACGGCAAUCCAGCAGAAUGGAUGCUCACCAACCCAACCUUGAAAAAAAGUGUCUCCUGUUCAAAGUGGAUGUCAACAUCAUCUCAUUGACCUUCAAUUAAUGUGUAAAUAUCAGCUACAGCUCUUUCUCAUCCUAAUCGCCUCAAAGGUGGCAACUAAACAUUUCCCUCUCCUUAGAAUCCUUAGAAAUGAUGAACACGGGGGGUCAUGGAUGAGCUAACUAGAAAUAACAAACCAGUGCUAAUUUUGUUUUGACUACCAACAAAAUAUUGUGUGUGUGUGUGCGUGCGUGCGUGCGUGUGUGUGUGUGUGUGGCGGGGUGCGAGGGGUUUGUGUGUGCUCGGCUGGCCCAGGGUGAGCUCACCUGGGAGGAACGCUGACAAACCGCAGAGUCCAGAGUGCAAGAUGCUUGCUGGCUCCCAAAUAAAUGUAGGCUUUUCCCCCUCCCUCUGUUCCUUUAAUUCAGCCAAACAUAGAACUUUUUGACUUGUUUACUCUACGGGGCCUCUUUAACUUUCAUCUGUCAGUUGUGCUCUGUCAGAGGCACUCCAUAAAAUGACAAAUUUAAGUGAGGAACUUGUGUUGGAGAGGAAAUGAAUCACUGCCAGGUAGUUACCACACAGAAUUCAUUUUUACUGUGGAGCUGCAGUGGACAGACUCUUAAGUCUUUGACUCGUAUCAAUUAAAUGCUUGUUUUUUCUGUGUAUUUACAGUAUAGGCAAAGAUAAUUGUUCUAUCUAAAUAACUACAGAGCAAAGAGACAUACAAUGCUCAUGUAAAGUAAUUCCAAAAUGAGGCUGAUAGCUUACCUUUGGAACCAAAAAAGGAUAUUGCCCCAUUGUACCUGUAGGCAGGGCACAUCAUUAGGGAGAAAAUAAAAUGACUUCAUCCAAUUCAGAUAAUGGAUGCUCCCCUCUCUCCCUUCCACUGUAUAUUUCCAUGGGUUCAGUGAACUAAUGCGAUGUAAACCUGCCAAAUGGACUUUUAUUGGGAGAAGAUGCAUGUCUCCUGGGCUUGAGUCCUAAGCAGUCUCUCCCUCUCUGUCUUCCUUUGCUUUUGUUCAGCUACACAUACUUUUGGCUGUGACUCACCGCUGAUAGCAAUGCCAGGGACCAGUCACAAGCCAUUGGGAUGAAACGUGUUGAGCAAAGCAUUACCUCCCUCUCUCUAGGAGAAUACAAGCAGAGGGAACUCUGGCGUUGACAACCUCUCUGUAAUUUCCACUUCUGGCACUGAGAGCUUAAUACCCAGUAAUCUCUCACUCUGAUCUCACUGUAAUGCACCUCCAGGAGGGCUGGAGUGCGUGUUGAGAAUCUGAGAAACUAAUAGCAAAUCAAAGAUGAUGAUACGUGACAGUGCAAGAUGAAUCUCCAGAACACCACGGGCCUUCAGUUUGCUCAACAGAGUCAGAAAAUCUUGCAUCUUAUCACACACACAAGGGGGCGAAUGUGCAAACACAAAGACAUGUAAACUCACACUGCCUCACAGCUCAGUUUUUUUCUAAUCGAAUGGCGCUCAGCGUCUGCAUAAACAAUCUUGACCACUGACCUCUCUAUAACCAUCACUAGCUUUUCACCAAAUCUUAUCUUUUUGUUUUCCAUCACCACAUCCUGUAACAGCCGGUCAGGAGGGGGGGCAUUCCUGGCGUACGCCGUCCCCACAAUUUGUACAGACACAAUAAACCCAGAGAAGCAGGCUGUUUUUCAUUAGGGCUUCAAAGUCCAUAUAAACCAUGAUUAAUGAAGUCCUGAGAUGUU